AUGCUUUGGGCAACGACAUACAUACCUCCUCUCUUCACACAGACGCCUCAAGGAGCUGUGCAAACAGGAUGCUCUCUCGGAUGCCAUCUGCUAAACGCCAGCAUUAACCCUCGCCCGGGUGUUUGCCCCAACCAUUCCUCCUACCGAGGGUCAAGUCAACGGCCCAUCUUGUCAACUUCCCCCGCCUCAUCUCCACCCUCUUCAUCAUUCUCGUUAGUGUCAUCUUCUUCUUCACCGCCUCCUCCAUUGUUCGACUCCUCCUUGAGUCAUCGUCUCUCUCUGACAGCAUCCUCCGAUGCCAACUUCACCCUAACUACACCUAUCGCACAUGCUAAACACGAGACAGCAACCUCCGAGGCCGAGCCUCCGGACUGGUGGCGGCGCCCAGUCCGCCGGCCGUCACACCAGUCGCCUCGGCAACCAAGACGAGCGGUGUCUCGGACGGGAGUGCGAUCACUUUUGGUCGCCUCUCAUUCUCUCGUCGAUAGGAUUUCUGAUCAUGAAGAAGAGAGCAGGGCUCGUGGUAGGCGGGAGGAUGAAGGUGGCGACGGUGGCGAGAGAAGUGUGCCUACGGGUGGAGGAGGAUCCUUCAUGGCGUUUCCUACCAAUUGUCUUACUAAAUGUUCACUUGAUUCAGACUGCUUGGAGCCGUUGGAACGAUCAAACAAAGAAAUGACUAUUCCGAUGCCCGAUAGAUUGCAGAACAACCGAAGUGUUCGGUAUUCCUGUCCUCAAGUUUAUUCGAAUUCUCUUCCACUAAUCAGUAGCACCCGGCAUAUGCCUCUUGACUGUGACUCCUCACGAAUCUCACCGCAGUUCGGUUCUUUCCUUUUGACAACUGAACUGGAAAAGGAUACUAUAACGCCAGCCAUCUGA